GGCAUUUAAAAUCUAGAGUAUUUGGACAUGUCAGGAUUUGACUGCAGAGUUUUGAGUGAACAUCUCCUGUCAAAUUUUCCUAAAUUGAUUACUCUUAUUGCACAAGAUGCUACUCUUGGAAUCGGUUUGAAUACCCUUAAAAAUGCAUCAGAAUUUCUAAAGACCAAUUCAGAUCUAAAACAUAUUGACUUGAUGAAAAAUAACAUAAAAUCUUUACCAGAGGGCUUGUUCAAUCAUCCUUUUAGACAAAAGCUUUCUAUUAUUUUCGACAGAAACAACUUUCAAUCACUUCCAAACUUUCCAUCGAAACCAAAUACAUUUCAACUUAUCAGUCUGAAAUACAACAGAAUUUCUUGUCUUAGCGAUGACGAUAUUGCCAAACUUAAUAUUAUAAAACCUUCAAGUAUAUUUCUUCGUGGAAAUCCGAUUGAAUGCUCUUGUAAUACACUAAAAUUUCUUAAAUGGGUGCAACAUUCAGGUCUUAUAAGUGAUGUCGAUGAAAUAGAAUGCGUCAGCCAAAAUGGGACUCUUGUAAUUUUGUCUCAAUUCUUUCAAAACCUUAAAACAUAUGAAGUCAGUUGUCAAUCAAAACUAUGGAUAACAUUAGCAAGUUGUAUUAGUGCCUUCAUCAUAUUGGCUUUGAUCUUUGGAAUAAUAUACUAUCGCUACCGAUUUGCAUUUGAGUAUUUCUUUUUGAGAAUAAAGAUGAAACUUAGGCAUUACAAGCCUCUUUCGGAAGAGUUUAUUCAUGAUGCGUUUAUUUCAUACAGUCAUAAAGACAUAUCAUGGGUUAAAACUCUCUACGACAAUUUGCAUUCAAAAGGCUUAAGCCUCUGUUUAUACCACAAAGAUUUUAAAGUGGGGAAGCCAAUUGCCGAUUGCAUCGUAGAAGCUAUCAAUUCAAGCAGAAAGAUUGUAUUUGUUAUCACGGAGGAUUUUCUGGAAAGUAGCUGGGGAACGUAUGAAAUAGAAAUGACAAGAAUACAUGCUUUCAGAGAGGGAAGUGAAUCAAUGGUUGUUGUCAUACUGAAGGAUGAAAUAAAAAAAGACAAACUUCCAAAAGCAUUGAAGGAAAUUUGGUAUAAAGUCGUAUGUUUUGUGUGGCCAUCUGAUUCUGAGGCUCCGUACAACUCUGAGGAAAUGUUCUACGUGAAACUAAGUAAAACAUUAUCAGAUGGUCGUAUGAAAAUAAGUGAUGAUAACACUUCAAUGUAA